CCCGCUUUCCCGCAACAAACAAGUGUGCGAGUCCGCAGGAGCACGGCCGAGCACAGCACAGCACUUUUAGCAGCUAAAAUGCCGAAGCGAACUUGUCCUUUUCCGGAAACUUUCUCUUCCCAAUACAAAAUACACAUUGGGCAACAGGAGUUAAAUAACUAUGGCGUGUUUGGGAACAAAUACAGGCAAGAAAUAUAUGAAAAGACAAAAAGUCUGCUAUUCAACGGUGCCAAAGCCGUGAUGGGCAAAAUAUGGACCGGAGAGGAAAAGUGCACAGAACCCCAACCACCUGGACAAGCAGAGACAUCUGCAUGCAGCCAGACUCUGCUGAGAGGACAGACACUGAUCGGACAUGAUGGGAGACUGACAAGAGCCAGUUCUGCACAAGGUACACCAGCAGGUCCCACAGGCUGCUGUGUGUGUCAGAAGAGUCAGGGGUGCAGGACUUCAUGUUCCCAGUGUGACCGUCAGGCCUGUUCCUCCUGUAGCCGCCAGUGCUCCAGCUGCUCCAGCCUCUGCUGCUCUGUCUGCACCAUCAUAGACUACAGCGGGCGAUACGAUGAAGUUUUGUGCUGCGGUUGUUCGACGUAAACGAAGACCAAAGGAUGGAUCAAGAGUUUAUAUCUAAACAUAUAGUUGCCUCAAAUGAGAUAUUACCAUGACUGCAUGUUAUACCUGUGAUGUUUUUAUGUGAUCCAGAUGUUUUCUUGUACAUAUGUAUUUUCAAGAAGUAACUGAAAUAAACUUGAACACUUUUGUAUA